AUGAUGGCCAUGGACGCCAAGCAGCCCUUCGCCGUGCCCGCCGCCCUCCAGGAGCCCAAGUUCCCCAGCCUGCACGCCGGCAGCGAGGCGAUGCGCAGAGUUUGCCUCCCGGCCCCGCAGCUGCAGGGCAAUAUAUUCGGGAGCUUCGAUGAGAGCCUGCUGGCCCGCGCCGAGGGGCUGGCGGCCGCGGACAUCGCCCCCCACGCCAAGGGCCACCACCUGCACCCUCACUUCAAGCCGGACGCCGCCUUCCACGCCAUGAGCGGCGUCCCCUGCGCCGCCGCCGCCCUCCCGCACCCCGCCGCCCUCGCCACCCACCCGCAUCCGCUCCCGCACCCGGCGCUGGACGGCGGCGACCUGCUGGAGCACCUCUCGCCGUCGCUGGCCGUGGCGGGGCUGACCGAGCCCCCCGCGCUGCCCGCCCCGCUGCCGCCGCCGCCGCUGCCCGCCGCCGCCGCGGGACCCCUGCCCGUGCCCGUGGGCGCCCCGGGGGCUCCCGCGCCCGCCGCGGACCCGCGGGAGCUGGAGGCGUUCGCCGAGCGGUUCAAGCAGCGGCGGGUGCGGCUGGGGGUCACCCAGGCCGACGUGGGGGCGGCGCUGGCGGCGCUGAAGCUGCCGGGCGUGGGCUCGCUCAGCCAGAGCACGAUCUGCCGCUUCGAGUCGCUGACGCUGUCGCACAACAACAUGACGGCGCUGCGGCCGGUGCUCCAGGCCUGGCUGGAGGGCGCCGAGGCCGCCCGGCGAGCCCGCCCCGCCGGCCCCGACCCGCCGCCCGGCGCCGACCGCAAGCGCCGGCGGACCUCGAUCGCCGCGCCCGAGAGGCGCUCGCUGGAGGCGUAUUUCGCGCUGCAGCCUCGGCCCUCGGCCGAGAAGAUCGCGGCCAUCGCCGAGAAGCUGGACCUGAAGAAGAACGUGGUGCGCGUCUGGUUCUGCAACCAGCGCCAGAAGCAGAAGCGCAUGAAGUACUCGGCGGUGCACUGA